AUGGCGGCGGCGGCGGGCAAUGUGGAGUUCAUCCGCGCGCGCAGCGACAAGCGGGAGUACCGCCGCCUGCUGCUCCCCAACGCGCUCGAGUGCCUCCUCAUCAGCGACGCCGACACCGACAAGGCGGCGGCGUGUAUGGAGGUCGGCGUGGGCUCGUUCAGCGACCCGGAGGGGCUCGAGGGCCUCGCGCACUUCCUCGAGCAUAUGCUGUUUUAUGCCAGCGAGAAAUACCCUGGAGAACAAGAUUAUACAAAAUAUAUCUCGGAGCACGGCGGUUCUUCCAAUGCCUUUACAUCCUCCGAGACAACGAAUUUCUAUUUUGAUGUUAACGCGGACAAUUUCGAAGAAGCCUUAGAUAGAUUUGCCCAGUUCUUCAUUAAGCCACUGAUGUCGCAGGAUGCUGUUCUUAGAGAGAUCAAGGCUGUUGAUUCUGAACACAAGAAAAAUCUGUUGUCAGAUGGCUGGAGAAUGCAUCAGCUUCAAAAGCAUCUGGCCUCAAAGGAUCAUCCUUACCAUAAAUUCAGUACGGGAAGUUGGGAAACACUGGAAACUAAACCAAAAGAGAGGGGUUUGGAUAUCAGGCUUGAGCUUCUCAAGUUUUACGAGAAUUAUUCAGCAAAUCUUAUGCAUCUUGUUGUUUAUGGAAAAGAGAGUCUCGAUUGCAUUCAAAGCUUAGUUGAAAGCCUGUUUAGUCACGUCAAGAACACAGACCAGAUAAGCUUCAAAUGUCCAAGUCAGCCCCUUUCAGCAGAACAUUUACAGCUUCUUGUCAAAGCAAUCCCAAUAAUAGAAGGCAACUACCUAAAAAUAUCAUGGCCAGUUACACCUAACAUCCAGUUCUACAAAGAAGGAUGGGCCAUGGAUUUGGUGGCUGGUGCCGGCAGUGACAGCAAUGAAUACUCUUUUUUCUCAGUAGGCAUGAGGCUCACUGAUGCUGGUCAUGACCACAUGGAGGAUAUUAUUGGGUUGGUCUUCAAAUACCUCCACCUAUUAAAAGAAGAUGGAAUCCAUGAAUGGAUAUUUGAUGAGCUUGCGUCAAUAAAUGAAACAGAAUUCCACUAUCAAGACAAAGUCCAUCCAAUCAGCUAUGUCACAGCUACUGUCUCAAGCAUGCGGUUGUUCCCACCAGAGGAAUGGCUGGUUGGAGAAUCAUUGCCGUCAAAGUAUGCGCCAAAUAGAAUAAAUAUGAUACUUGAUGAAUUGUCACCCGAAAGAGUUAGAAUACUCUGUGAAUCUAAAAAGUUUGAAGGAUCUACCAAUCGUGCUGAGCCUUGGUACAAUACAUCAUAUUCUAUUGAAAAUGUCACUCCAUACAUGAUAAAGCAAUGGAUUCAAAAAGCUCCUACUGAGAAGCUUUAUCUCCCAAAGCCAAACAUUUUCGUUCCAAAGGAUUUAUCUCUUAAAGAAGUGCCAGACAAGGUUACAUUUCCGACAAUAUUAAGGAAGACGCCACUUUCACGGCUGUGGUAUAAGCCCGACAUGCUGUUCUUCACUCCGAAGGUUUACAUUAUAAUUGAUUUCCACUGCCCAUUGUCAAGCCACUCCCCCGAAGCAGCCGUAUCUACAAGUCUCUUUGUCGAUUUGUUAGUCGAUUACUUGAAUGCUUAUGCUUAUGAUGCUCAAAUUGCGGGUUUAUUCUAUUCGAUAUAUCUUACUUCCACUGGAUUCCAGGUGUGCGUAGGUGGUUACAAUGACAAGAUGAGAGUUCUGCUACAUGCCAUAAUGAAGCAAAUAGUGAACUUUGUAGUUAAACCAAACAGGUUUUCUGCCCUGAAGGAAACUUCUGUCAAGGAUUACCAAAAUUUUAACUUCAGCCAACCAUACUCUCAAGCUUCGUAUUAUCUCUCAUUAAUAUUGGAAGAGAAAAAAUGGCCUUUGGCAGAGAAACUUCAAGCUCUUUCUAAGCUUGAGUCAGAUUCUCUUGCGAAGUUUGUGCCGCACUUGCUAUCGAAGACGUACUUGGAAUGCUAUGUUCAAGGAAACAUUGAGCCAGGUGAGGCUGAGUCUAUUGUCCAGGAGAUCGAAGAUACUAUAUUUAAUACCCCCAAUUCUGUAUUCAAACCCAUGUCUCCAUCACAAUACCUGGUCAAGAGGGUUAUCAUGCUUGAAAAAGAGAUAAAAUGUUGCUACCAAAUUGAGGGAUUAAAUCAGAAGAAUGAGAAUUCAUCGGUUGUCCAAUAUAUUCAGGUCCAUCAGGACGACGCCCUCUCAAAUAUCAAACUCGAGUUGUUCUCUCUAAUUUCUAGUCAGCCUGCUUUCAACCAGCUGCGGACUGUUGAGCAACUUGGGUAUAUAACAUAUCUUUCUCUGAGAUCUGAUCGUGGAGUCUGGGCACUCGAGGUUGUUAUUCAAUCCACAGUGAAGGAUCCUUCAUAUCUUGAUUCUAGAAUUGAUGAAUUCUUUAAGACAUUCGAAAGCAAAAUCCAUGAACUGUCCGACAAGGAUUUCAAGAGAAAUGUCAAAUCACUUAUUGAUUCGAAACUGGAGAAAUUUAAAAACUUGUGGGAGGAAUCUGGCUUCUACUGGGGAGAGAUUGAAGCCGGAACUCUCAAGUUUGAUAGGGUCGAGUCCGAGGUUGCUCUCCUAAGAGAGCUCAAGAAAGAAGAAUUCAUCGAAUACUUUGAUGAGUACAUAAAGGUGGACGCCCCUCAAAGGAGGACAGUAAGCGUGCAGGUCUUCAGCGGCAACCAUUCGGCAGAGUUCAAGAAGGCGAUCGCCGAGGCUGAUCCGCCCAAAACUUGCCGGAUUACCGACAUAUUCGGCUUCAAGCGAUCACGGCCUCUGCACCGCUCGCUGAAGGGAGGUCCAGGCCUGAUCACAAUGGACUGA